AUACAAUCAAAAUAAAAGUAAUUAUAACUUCGAAUAUAAUUUAUGUUUAAGUUGUUAUUAUCAUAUGAUAAAGUUAAUCACAAUAAAAUAAUACUUUAAUAAUAUUUUCAAAACUAUUGAAGUGAUCUCGUGCUAAAUGAUAAAAACUUGACCCGUGAAAAAAAACUUGCUUACUUUACGUUUACCUUGCUAUGUCUUCUAAUGAUGGCAACAAUCAACGAGAUGAUAGUUUUAGUACUUUUUCUUCUAACCCAGCUGAGUUCCUACAAGUUUUAUCGCAACCAGUUGCAAACAACAAUGGCAAUAUUUCCAUGCCACCAACACUUAUGUGGCAAAAUCAAUUAGUAGGACCACAAUAUAUACAGCCAACAUUGCCGCCACAACAACCACAGCCACAACUAUACAAUGAUUACAUGUUUAACAUGCACACACAGAACGCGUAUGCAUCACCAGCUGCAACACCCGAAACAUACUCAGUGCUACCUGUAGGACAUGGAAAUUUUUUAAAAGUUUAUCAUUGCACAGAUAAUGGAGUAAAUGGUGGUUUAGUGAAUGAUGGUAAUGUCUAUCAGCAUGCGGUGCACCAAGCACAGGCAUAUCAUUUACAAUCACCUCAGUCACCACCAGCUUCCACCACACAGGUUUUUAACAGCUAUGAGCUGUUUUCAAGUAACACUGUUAUGCCUGUACAUGAUAAUCAAUCCAUAAAUCUUAAUGCAGAAGUCAAUAUACAUCCUCAAUCUUAUCCUCAGCAAAUGCAGCAGUCACCACCUUCACUUCUUAUGAUGAAUAAUACCAGCAUUCAUGAUGAACAAACCGCAAACACAAAUUGUACGACAAAUAUGAUUAUCAAUAAACUUGUUAAUAACUGGUCACCAAAUUUGACUGGAGGCACUUACAGUCAAUUUGGUACACCUUUAUCACAGCUUUCGACACAGUCACCCCUAAAUAAUAAUGAUUCCUUGCAACAAUCAAAUGUUAUGUUAGAUGCAAACAUCUGUCAUGGUAAUAGUCCACAUGCUAACACACAAGUAUUUGGUGUCAUUGACGACUGUAAUGCUGCCACAAUGCCAAUUUCAUUAUUACACCAGAAUCCAGAGCAGAUACAACCAACUCCAGUAUUGUCCUCUACACAAACCUUCAUAGAUAAACAUACAUUAUCUAAGCAAAACUACAAUGAAAGAAUAAAUAUAGUUAAUGCUAAUCUACAUAUUCCUCCCAUACCGUCUGUUAAUAUCCAAACCGAAGUUAAAAAACGUAUUGUGGCUGAAGUUAAGCCGAUGCCUUUAACCUAUUCUGAUGUGCUUAGCAAAGGCAAUUCAUCAAAGAUUUUUCAUCACAGCAACCAACAUUUACACAAAUCUGGUAGAUCCUCAGGCGUAGCAAAUAACCGUAAAUCCGAAAAUAAAAAUUCACUCGAUUCUAAUAACGUUCAACAUAAACGCCACGGUUAUAUUGAAGAUGCUUUAUUGCAAAAUAAAACAAGAAGACCAGCCGUUUAUGAUAAUAAAGAAAAUUUACAACAGCAAAAUUCUAACAGCAAAAUAUCAAAGAGAUUAAAUAAAAGCAGAAUCAAAACAAUUACUAACGAUAUUAAUGUACAACAAAAACAAAAUAUGCAGAAACCAACUCAAAAACCGGUAGCUACCACAGCAGAUAUAAAUAAAAAACGUGCUAAUAGCAAACAAAUGAAUACGGACGAUGCAACUGAUCUUGGCAAAAAUCGGAAAACAAGUGGUAUUACAGAGAAGGACAUUAAUUCUUAUUAUAAUGUCUCACCUAAGGAUGAUGAUUAUUUUGAACAUAAAAAGAAAACUAAUUCCAUUUCCUCUGCUUCAUCGACUGCAUCAACUUCUUCAGCUUCUUCGUCCUCAGUUUCCUCUAAUAUAUCUCACAAUUCGACUGCAAAAAAUUCUACCCGUAAAACAAAUAAAACUUCAAAUUAUUACUCGAAUUCCCAUACAUACAAUUCUUCAGGCGGUAAUAAUCAUAAAGCACGCUAUAAUCACUCAACUUCCUAUUCAUACUCUUCUAAGCGGAAUCGUGGUGCCAAUUAUUCUUCUUCACAUGGUUCUUUGAAUAACGGUCCAAAUCGUAACUAUGAAUUGGCUAAAAAGUUGUUGACAACGUGGCUUGAAUAUAUGAUAAAAAUUCUAAAUUGGUUAUUUUAUUUAGUUUAUGAUAUUAUUGUACUUGGAUUUAGUAUGUUUUAUGAUAGAAUGUUAACGGCCUACGACUCUUCCUUGAUAUUUUUAAAACAAUUACGAAAGGAUUUAAAACAAAAUUCGGAUAAACCCAGUAUAUGGAUUAAAAAUUAUUGGCGAAAAUUUGAUGGGCGCUUUGAAAAGAACUCCAAUUGGGCUUUUUGGAGAAAGUUUUAUAAAAAGAAACCACCAGAUGUUCCAACGGAAUCUUUUAAAAGCGGACGACUUCCACAAACCGGCGAAGAGGCAAUGUAUUCAUUACUAAAUUGUAAAGGAAAAGAUGCUUACAGUAUUUUAGGUGUGCCAGCAAAUAGUUCACCGGAACAAAUACGUAAACAUUACAAAAAAAUAGCAGUGUUAGUACAUCCCGAUAAAAAUAAACAAGCUGGAGCAGAAGAAGCAUUUAAAGUUUUACAACGAGCUUUUGAGUUGAUUGGCGAACCGGAAAAUCGUUUGGCCUAUGAUCAGAGUUUAGUUGAAGCACUACAUGCUGAAAAGGCUUGGACAGAGCUACAUGAUCUGUUAUCGCAAUUACAAACCAAAAUUACUGAAGCUGCCAAUACAAUAAGGUGUAGCACUUGUGGACUGCGGCAUCCACGUAAACAAAUUGAUCGGCCACAUUAUGCUGCACGAGAUUGUGCUUCUUGUAAAAUUCGUCAUUCAGCAAGAGAGGGUGAUAUAUGGGCAGAAACGAGUUUCAUGGGUUUGCGUUGGAAAUAUUUGGCUUUAAUGGAGGGUAAAGUGUAUGAUAUUACUGAAUGGGCAAAUUGUCAAAAAGGUGCACUUUCUCAUUUGGAACCAAACUCGCAUAUGGUGCAAUAUCGUAUAGUACGAGGUGCACAGCAACAGCAGCAACAACAACAAACACAACAGCAACGUCAACAGCAGUCACCGCAAAACUCACAAAAAUAUAACAGCUAUGGCGCUGGGGGCAGUGGUAAAUUCAAUCGGGAUAUUCCUCAAAGCGAUACAUCGUUGCACGAUUUUCUUGACAAUUUGUAUAGUGGGCAAAAUCCUAACCAGCCGAAUUCUUCCGCGUAUGCGAGUUCAUCUAGAAAACGUUCUCGGCGUAACUAAUAAUUAUUUAAUAAUAUAGAUUUAAGUGUUUUUAAAAUCUCUAACGAUUUUGUUUUUAGUUUUAAGCAUUAUACUCUAAUACAAAUAUAUAAACAUUCAAAAUGAGAACACUAUAUCAUUGGAAUUCUAAUCCUAUAUAUUUCAGAAUUUAUAGAAUUAUUUAUAUUGUGAAAUAUAUUUUUUGUAAACUUCUAUUGAAUUUAAUAUUACAACCAAAAUCGAAUAACAGUUUUUAUAAAAAACUACCUGUUAUAUGUUCUCUGAAUAUUUACUAUAAAAUCUUUGCAAACAAAUGCAACAUUAUACAAAAAUUUAAUACUUUUUACACUUUAUAUUAUUAUAUAUAAUAUAAUCAUUACCAUAUGUAAGUGCAA